CUUAAUAUCAAAGCAGCAGCCAGCAGGAGCCCCCCAGCCAGUAUAUAAUUCACUCUUCUCUUUUCUUCUCGAUCAAUCUUCGAUCUCCUCGAGAAAAACUCAUCAUCUUGUCUUUGACAACAAUAUAAUAUAAUAUAAUUAUUAAUCAAUGGCGUGCUUGUUUCCCCCACGAUUCUCAGUUCGGCUAACCACGAAGCCGGAGUUGGUGACGCCCAAAACCCCGACGCCCCGAGAAAAGAAACCGCUCUCCGACAUCGACGACCAGGCUAGCCUCCGGUACCACAUGCCGGGGCUAUGGUUUUACGAGAAUAAAGAAUCCAUGGUCGGGAAAGAUCCAGCUAAGGUUAUCAAAGAAGGAUUGGCCAAAGCGCUAGUGUUUUUUUACCCGUUGGCCGGUCGCCUCACCGAAGGCCCCAACAAAAAGUUGAUUGUGGACUGCAACGGUGAAGGCGUAUUGUUUGUGACGGCUGAAGCCAAUAUUGCGCUUCACAACUUGGGUGAUUUUAUACACUCCCCAUGUCCAUAUCUCAAGAAGCUUCAGUAUAAUGUGCCUGGCUCUCACAGGAUCACUGGUUGCCCACUUCUCUUGAUUCAGGUGACUCGUUUUAGUUGCGGCGGCUUUGCACUGGGUGUCCGUUUCAAUCACACCAUGGUUGAUGGGUACGGGAUCCAGUUGUUUCUGAAGGCCGUAUGCGAAUUAGCGCAGGGCGGUUCAGCGCCGUCGGUUUUGCCGGUGUGGGGGAGAGAAAUGUUGACCGCCGCCGCCGCUGAGCCAAAUACCCCCACCACAAACCACGCCGUGUACGGCGCCUCCGACAUGCGCAACAAUUUCAAGCGACUCGACAUUGAGUGGUGGGGCAGCAUACUUUUCAACUUUGAGAAGUUGGCGGCUAAGCCUCUCUUCUUCUUCUUCCCCAACAUCUUGAAACCCAUCCUUCUCAGAAGCUCUUUCGUUUUCGGCCCCAAAGAAAUCCAGGCCCUCAAAGACCAAGCCGCGGCUCAGGAUUUCGGGCCGUGUACCACGUUCGAGUUGAUAUCUGCUUGUUUGUGGAAGUGUCGCACGAUUGCCUUGCAACCCAACCCCAACGCCACGGUCCGAGUCACGUUCCCCACGGAUAUUCGCCGGAGAUCCUUCGCCGGACUGAAGUUCGACCCUGGGUACUACGGCAACGCCAUUAUAAUGCUGUCCGCCGCCACCACGGCCAAGUUGCUGUGUGAGAGACCCAUUACUUAUGCCAUCGAGUUGAUCAGAGAGGCUAAGAACAAAGUAAGCGCUGAUUAUGUGAAGUCGGUGCUGGAUUUCUUGGUGAUUAAUGGCCGGCCGAGGAUGUCUGUGAUGAGGAACAUCUUGGUUUCGGACAUUUCAAGAAUUGGGUUGGAGAAGAUAGAUUUUGGAUGGGGGGAUGCGAUAUAUGCCGGCUCCGCCACUGCCGCUUACGGGGCUACAUUCUUAGAACGUCCCAAGAGCAAUAGCAGUACUGAAAGGAGCGUUUUGGUACCUAUAUCUCUGCCUCACCUAUCUAUGCUCAUUUUCAAACGUGAGAUCAAGAAGAUGACUAAGUUCAAUUGAUAACACUCUUUUAAUUGAUCUAGUGACAAACAAUCUUUCUAUUGUAAUUUAUGGAGUACUUUUUUGUAUGAUAACAUAUGUGGUUUAUCUUCUCAAUCAAAAAAAUAAAAGAGAAGAUGAUUAAGUCGUUCUAGGAGACUGAGCCCAUAGAUAAUGGGUGGCCUAUUUAAUUUUUAUCUAUGUAUAUGCAGGUGCAUGCGUUGUUAAUUUUUAGGGUGGCCUAUGUAUCCGGGUGCAUGCGAUGUUAAUUACAAAGUGAAUAUGCAAUAAUAUUCAUAAAAUUGUUAUGUAAGAUUCAUGAAUUUGAAUU